AUGGAGCCUGUUCUACACUUAGGUGGUCUAUCCCCAACUAUACUCGGAUCAUUUUCCACACCUAAACACCAUAUCCCGAACCAUAUUGCAUAUAAUUGGAGUCAUCAAUCUCAUAACCUGCAUACUAAUGACAGAAUUUCAUCCCUCUUCUUUGAAAAAUGCCACCAGUUUCAGUGCACACAUAAACUACAUUGGGGAAAAAAAUCAAGAACCUCCAUUGUUGCUUGUUUUCCUCCUGUUCGUGAUACUCGUAGAAACAAGAAACGGUUAACCCACACCCACCCUCAAAAUACAGAUCUUCCUCCGGUAUUACCUAAGCAAAAGAAGAAACCAUUUCCAAUUCCACUAAAGAAGAUCUUAGAAACUUCAAGAGCUGACAAAAAACUUGCAGAAAAAGGAAUAGAAAAGCCCCUUGAGCCCCCAAAGAACGGGCUUCUUGUUCCUGAUCUUGUUCCAGUUGCUCAUGAAGUUCUUGAUGCCUGGAAGAUCUUGAUCAAAGGUCUUUCACAGCUUCUCCAUGUCAUUCCUGUUCAUGCUUGCAGCGAAUGCGGGGAGGUUCACGUGGGUCCCACAGGCCAUGAAAUUCAGACUUGCCAUGGUCCAAACAGUGCAAACAGAAGAAGCUUCCAUUUAUGGGUAAAAGGGUCAAUAAAUGACAUUCUUCUCCCUAUCGAAUCAUACCAUCAAUUCGAUCCAUACGGAACCCGAAUCAAACACGAAACACGAUUCGACUAUGAUAGAAUCCCGGCGAUCGUUGAGCUCUGCAUCCAAGCCGGUGUCGAAUUACCAGAAUACCCUUCACGCCGAAGAACCCAACCCAUCCGAAUGCUGGGCAAAAAAGUAAUCGACCGCGGUGGAAUCAUCGAACCGCCCAAAACACCCCCGCAUUCCGAGGUUUUGGAACUCGACACGCACCGUGCUCUCGAGCGAUUCCCGUGUCCGGCGGAAUCAGACGUGGUCGGAAUCGCACAUUCCACACUAAACGCGUAUGAGAAAGUGAGAUGGGGUGUGGGGAAGCUUAUGAGGAAAUACAGUGUGAAGGCGUGUGGGUAUUGCUCGGAGGUCCAUGUGGGCCCGUGGGGCCAUAACGCGAAGCUUUGUGGGGAGUUUAAGCAUCAAUGGAGAGACGGGAAACACGGGUGGCAGGAUGCCACGGUGGACGAGGUUUUCCCGCCAAAUUACGUGUGGCAUGUUCGGGAUUUGAACGGCCCGCCAUUGAAGAGUUUGUUGAAGCGGUUUUAUGGGAAGGCUCCGGUGGUGGUUGAGAUGUGUGUGCAGGCGGGGGCGGUGGUCCCACGUAAGUACAGGCCGAUGAUGAGGCUCGAUAUUGUGGUUCCGGAUAACGAGGAGGCUCGGUUAGUUGCUUAA